AUGAGCGAGCUUCCACCUGGAUCAUUCGCACACGGUGUCGAGCAGCCUAGCCCUAGCACCGCAGACACCACCGCAGCUCCUGCUGUCAUCUCACCGACCAUCGAUUCGCAGUCGUUGUCCCCUCAAGAGGCCAAAGAGGUCGAAGAGGAACGCGAAGAGGCUCAGAGCCUCAGCGAGGCAGCUCUCUCCAUCCCGGACUCCGAAGCGGCUGACGAUGAUGCUGCUUCUCUCUACCAGCCAGCCAACGAGGCCGUUCCAGGUGACGCCGGCGUCGUCGUACAACAAGGACCCAGCGUAGACUGGCAGGGGGUCCUCGGCCACUCUGCAUCUGGUUUCGGCGCCGCCAAUGCUGCUACAUCAGCCUAUUUCAACUUCGCGCGUACCGCUACCGCCUUUGGUCUCAACUUUGCAAAGCGGCUCACGCAGGGCUUGGUCGCAGUGCCUGCCAUCCUUGCCGAUGGCGCGUUCACAGGCACAGCUCCUGGAGACACUUCCGGAACUCCCUCGAUCUCUCGAGCAGCGCACUCGGGCAUUGCUACCUUUUUCGACGCUAUUUCGCUCGUCGCUGUCGGUGGUAUCGACCUUACUAGUGCAGUCACCAGUGCCGGCUUAGGCGCUGCUGGUUCCGGCAUCGAGGGUAUCAGACGGGCGCUGGGUUCCGAGGUUCUUCGCAGCUUGAUGGAAUUUUCUAAGCUCGUCAAACGCGAGUGGAACCAUCAAGAUGAUUCGUUGCCGCCCGGUGGCAUCCCAGCUUAUUCGAUCAUCGGUAUCACCAAGGCCCUGUCGACUUGGGUCUGUAUCCAGCUCGUCACUCGCAACUUCCAAGAGCAGCGCAUGCUUCCCGCGCUCGACGAGAUCGACACUGAUCGCUUGAAAGAAGAGGUUGAGCAACUCAAGCAGACCCAUCACGUUGGCGCUACCACCGCUCCUCUCAUUCCAAUCACCGACGGCGCCUCAAAAGACGGCGAACACGCACAAAACCAAGCUGAUGUGCGCAUCACUUCGAACCAGGCGCUUGCAGGCGAGUACUCGGGGAACGUCAUAGGUGCCGAGAUCGGUCAUAAGCACGGAUCGAGCACUCGACUACCAGGAUCAGAACUCUCUGACGAGCCCGCUAGACCGCUUUCGGAUGCGGAGGCUGUCCACAACCUGCAGCGCUACUCGAAACUUGUCCUCGGUGUCUACGGCGGGAUAGCAUUGUUGUGGCUGAAUUCGAUGCCGGCUGACAGCAACACCAUGCCGAGCAAUGCGACUGCCAGUGGCGGUAAGGCCAAGCCCACUGCUGCACCCACAGGCAAUGUCAUCUUCUCAGCUGAAGACGAAUUCAUGCGCAAAGAUCAGGCCGAGUUUCUCGAGGCUGCGGCACAGAUGGAGCUUGAAGAUGAGGACGACGACAGGCUCGCGUCUGUUGCGGAAGCGGCAGAUGCUGCUGCCACUGGGUCGUCAACGGAGGGCGUUGUCGCCGUUGACCGGAACGGCAAUGGUCAUAGAUCGUCGUACAAUCUUUGGGACGUCAUCUCGGGUACACACGACGAAGACCUCUUCCACCACACCGCUGACCUCAAGCGUGGCGCUGUAGCGGCAGGACAGUAUGAAGAGGACUCCAACGCUGCCAGCGGUCGCACACCUUACAACCCCAAGGAUAAGGCGCGACCCAGCAAGCCCCGUUUCUACGUCGUCACUGAUCAUCCUCGUAAGACCAUCAUUCUCGUCCUUCGGGGUACGCUUUCAAUGGGCGACCUUGCCGCCGAUCUAACUUGCGAAUCCGUGCCAUUUGUCUUCGACCGCGAAGUGCAGAAGAACAUGGACGCACGUGUAGCUCAGAUGCAGGCCGCUGAGGGUGGAGCAAAACGGGCCAGCUUUGUUUCAGAGGAAGCUUUUGGUUUCCUGGUGCACGAAGGUUUUGUGAUUACCGCAAACGAGAUCGGUUACAAAGGCCGCGCCGUACAUCGUGCAGUGGCCGCUGCACUGGCAGCGAACCCUGGCUACUCGAUCGACGUCACAGGACAUUCGCUCGGCGCGGGUGUUGCGAGUGUUCUCGCGCUGAUGUGGGCGGAUCCCACAACAGGCUUGACAAUCGCUUCUUCGGGUCUUCCAGCAGGUCGAAGACUGCAUGCCUACUGCUUCGCGGUUCCCUGCGUGACUAGUUCGCAGCUCGGUCGAAGCGUCUCGUCGAUCAUCACGUCGUACACCUACUCCUACGACCUCGUCUGCCGACUGUCGCUCGGCUCGAUCCAGGACAUCCGUAACUGCUGCGCAUGGCUCUGCUAUCAGGACAAAGAAGCUCACCAUGGCGAUGGGACCAUGAACGCCCUCAUGAAGCGCGCCUUCGAGUACCAAUCCGGGCGGAUGGACGCUUCUAAGCGGGCUGAGCUGGAGCACGAUUUCUUGGUGCUCCGCAAGACCUUGGAAGCGAACAUGCACAACACGCAUCUCUAUCCUCCAGGCAAGGUGCUGUACGCUCUCACUCGGGGAAGGGACAUCCUAGAGAGUGAAGGUGGAGACGAGCGUGUCACGGUGACCGGGAGCAAACAGAGGCUAUUCAGAGUCAAAGACGAGUCGUCGGCGUUGAGAACUGUCUUCGGUCAGAUGGUGAUGAGCAGGAAUAUGCUUUCAUCCCACAUGCCCAACGCGACUCACGGUUCCUUGCACGACCUUACAGUGUAG